AGUAUGAAGAGUUGAUGGAGGCCUUCAAAACUUUGCAUAAAGAAUGUGAACAGCUCAAGACAUCUGGAUUUUCUACAGCAGAAAUAAGAAGGGAUAUCAGUGCAAUGGAAGAAGAAAAGGAUCAGCUCAUUAAGAGAGUUGAACGUUUGAAGAAAAGGGUGGAGACAGUUCAGAAUCAUCAACGGAUGCUUAAAAUAGCAAGGCAACUUCGAGUUGAGAAAGAGAGAGAAGAAUUUCUUGUACAACAGAAACAGGAACAAAAGAAUCAGCUAUUUCAUGCAGUGCAGAGAUUGCAGAGGGUACAAAACCAGCUGAAAAGUAUGCGCCAUGCUGCAGCAGAUGCAAAGCCUGAAAGUCUAAUGAAGAGGCUAGAGGAGGAGAUAAAAUUUAAUUCAUAUAUGGUAACUGAAAAAUUUCCUAAAGAAUUAGAGAACAAGAAAAAGGAAUUGCAUUUUUUACAAAAAGUGGUUUCAGAACCAGCUAUGGGCCAUUCUGAUCUUCUUGAACUUGAAUCUAAAAUAAAUGAAAUAAACACACAGAUCAAUCAGCUGAUUGAAAAGAAAAUGAUGAGAAACGAGCCAAUUGAAAGCAAACUCUCACUAUAUAGGCAACAGGCAUCAAUCAUUUCUCGUAAAAAAGAAGCAAAAGCUGAGGAACUUCAGGAGGCCAAAGAGAAGUUAACCAGCCUAGAGAGAGAAGUGUCAUUAAAGACAAAUCAGACCCGUGAAUUUGGUGGUACUGAAGUUUUGAAGGGAGAUGAGUUCAAACGUUAUGUCAGUAAACUUCGAAGCAAGAGUACAGUUUUCAAAAAGAAGCAUCAAAUAAUAGCUGAAUUUAAAGCUGAAUUCGGUCUCUUGCAGAGGACUGAAGAACUUCUUAAGCAACGUCAUAAGAAUAUUCAACAUCAACUGCAAACUAUUGAGGAGAAAAAGGGUAUAUCUGGAUAUAGUUACACCCAAGAAGAGCUAGAAAGAGUGUCUGCACUGAAGAGUGAAGUUGAUGAAAUGAAAGGACGAACACUGGAUGACAUGUCUGAAAUGGUAAAAAAACUGAAUUCACUGGUAUCUGAGAAGAAGUCAGCUCUAGCUCCAGUUUUAAAAGAACUACGACAGUUGCGUCAGAAAUGUCAAGAAUUAACCCAGGAGUGUGAUGAAAAGAAAUCCCAGUAUGAUAGCUGUGCAGCGGGCCUCGAAAGCAAUCGAUCCAAAUUAGAACAGGAAGUUAGAGGACUUCGUGAAGAAUGUCUUCAAGAAGAAAGUAGAUACCAUUAUACAAAUUGUAUGAUUAAGAACCUAGAAGUUCAACUUCGUCGUGCUAUUGAUGAGAUGAAGGUAUAUGUCUCUUCCGAUCAGCAAGAAAAAAGAAAGGCAAUUAGGGAACAGUAUACCAAAAAUAUUGCUGAACAAGAAAACCUUGGAAAGACGCUUCGGGAAAAACAAAAAGCUGUACGAGAAAGUCAUGGUCCAAAUAUGAAACAAGCAAAAAUGUGGCGUGAUUUUGAACAAUUGAUGGAAUGUAAGAAACAGUGCUUUCUGAAACAACAAAGCCAAACUUCCAUUGGUCAGGUAAUUCAGGAGGGAGGAGAGGACCGGCUGAUACUCUGAAUUCUUAUGUCAUUGUUUAGAAUUUUAGUUGAUACUACUAACUAUAAGCAUGAUCCUAUUAUAUAUUUCUUUUCUUGAAAGUGAUUUGUAAAACAUUUUGCUUUCAGAUUAGGUAUUCUUUAUUAAGACUUCUUGGAAAAUAAUGUUAAGGUAGAUUUAGAGUUUAAAGUUUUUUCAUUUAAAAUAAGGCUUUCAUUGUUUUGCUUAGUUUAGACUUCAGUGGUGUCUUCUGAGUUUUACAAGACAGGAGGCUAAGUUUACUAUCUGUAAAUGUAAACAUAUGUCCAUUAAGAAGCAUGUAGUUUUUAAAAAUGUAAUAACCCAAUGGCUUAAUGUUUUUCUUAAUGUUUUUUUAACUUUAGAGGAAUCUUUUAGGAACUAAUAUCUCUUGUUUUGAAGAAACAUUUAUCUGAAGUUCAGCAAUUCCUACAGUUUCACUUCAGUUUCUUUUUCUUCUGUAAAAUGCAAAAAAAAAAUUAAUAUUUUGAAUAACAAAUUUGUUCUAUUUGUAUAAUUUAAAGGCAAAUAAAACUUGGUACAUAUAUCAUGGCUGUUUA